UUAAUGUAAACGUCGAAGUUUUAGGUUAUAUAUUUAAAAAAAUAACAUUUAUUUUAUGUAAUUAAUUAAAAAUAUAAGUAAAAUCGACAAAAAUGAACGAAGAAGUCCAAAGACACUCAGUGCACACAUUAGUUUUCAGAUCUUUAAAAAGAUCCCACGAUAUGUUCCUCUCAAACCAAGGAUUGUUACCCGCUGUUGAUGAAAAGGCAGAAAUGAUACGAAGGCUUAUAAAGGCUAGAGAUAGUUAUGGCUUGGUUUUUGACGAUUUAAAGAAAAUGGAAGCUAUGAAGCAACUGCAAGCAGUAGAGGCCGGUCCAAAUCCUCCUCCUCCUGGCACAGUUGAUGGAGAUGCUCCAAAUGCAAAUGAAAAUACAAUUGUGCCAUACACUGAUACAAGUCUUACUCAAAAAAGCCUAACUAAUCAAAACAACUCACAAAAUCAAAUCACCAAUAUGAUGAGAAAAGCUCCUGCAAUGCCCAAACCUAAAUGGCAUCCUCCUUGGAAACUUACACGGGUUAUUUCAGGUCAUUUAGGAUGGGUCAGAUGUGUAGCUGUUGAACCAGGAAAUGAUUGGUUUGCUACAGGAGCUGCAGACAGAAUUAUUAAAAUUUGGGAUCUAGCUAGUGGGCAGCUCAAAGUUUCCUUAACGGGGCACGUUAGUACUGUCAGGGGAUUGGCUGUUAGUGCCAGGCAUCCUUAUCUCUUUAGCUGUGGGGAGGACAGACAGGUCAAAUGUUGGGACUUGGAAUAUAACAAGGUAAUUCGUCAUUAUCACGGUCAUUUAUCGGCAGUGUAUUCGUUGGCCCUUCAUCCAACUAUAGAUGUAUUGAUAACAGCUGGCAGAGAUUCUACAGCGAGAGUGUGGGACAUGCGAACAAAGGCCAAUGUACAUACUCUUCAGGGACACACACAUACUGUUGCUAGUGUUAUUUGCCAAGCAGGAGAGCCCCAGGUAAUUACAGGUUCUCAUGAUACUACCAUACGCCUGUGGGACUUGGCUGCCGGUAAAUCCAUUUGUACUCUAACUAACCACAAGAAGAGCGUGAGAGAUUUGGUCUUUCAUCCUACACUAAAUAUGUUUGCAUCGGGAUCUCCAGACAACAUAAAGCAAUGGAAAUGUCCUAAUGGAAAAUUUAUCCAAAAUUUGUCGGGGCAUAACGCUAUAGUAAAUUGUUUGGCUGUCAAUCCCGAGGGAGUUCUCGUAUCCGGAGGGGAUAAUGGAACCCUCUUUUUCUGGGAUUGGAGAACAGGAUACAAUUUCCAAAGAUUACAGGCCCCAGUGCAACCAGGCUCAAUGGAUAGCGAAGCGGGAAUAUUUUCAAUGAUUUUUGACCAGUCAGGAUCACGACUUAUCACCACAGAGGCCGAUAAAACAAUUAAAAUUUACAAAGAAGAUGAAACAGCUACAGAGGAAACCCAUCCAAUCAACUGGAAGCCAGACAUUCUUAAGAGGAGAAAGUACUGAUCCAAUUACAUUAUUUUCUUUUUUUUUACUUUUCUUAUUCAAAUAUUUAGUCAGUUAUUUUUUUAUUCAAUGUUUGCAAGUUCUAAAAGUGAUAAACAAUAA